CUUUGUUUUUACAAUGAGAAAACGCUCGCGAAGCUGACUAUCCCACGUAUUUAUUAUUAUGCAAACGCGGCCGUAAUAGCGCAUAAACAUAUGAGUUGACAUUAGAGGAAAUGUCGAGCGAAUACUGAAUAAUGGCUCUGGCGAAUUUUACGGUACCCUUGAUCGAGGCUGCUACACCUGCACUCGCAGCAUCACCUUCUAUGCCCUUACGGGUAGAUCUGGAUGAUCUUCUUUACUCACCUGAGGAACAACAACCAGAAUAUGCAGCGCAGUAUACCAGCAAUGAACCUUUUGUACCGCCCCCUAAUAUACAACAGUCAAGAAACUCUAAGGUCAGAAAACGUGCUGGAACAGCAUACCUUCCCCCACCUAAUCAAUUUACUCACUAUCAACAACAAAAUAAUAAUCCACAAAACCCUUUCAAUAGUCAGUUGAAUACGCAAAUUUAUCAUCAAAAUACGAGACUCGAUUUACAGAUAGAUAAUCAGCGAGUUCAGGAAAUUAAUGGUCAUUAUGAUAAUACAGGGCAAUACGUUCAUGAUCCUACAGGAGAUUACGACUAUGAUCAGAGGAAAAAUGUUAAAAAUGCACCGCUAAGACCGCCAUACAAUCCAGGUUACGCGAAUGCACCUUUUCUACCUGCAACUGAAGCCGGUCCACCAUCUAGUCGAAGGUUUGAUGGCAUCUCCAACCAAAACUUUAAUAAUGUAAACGUUCCUGCGACGCCGCCACCUCAAACGGUAUCGCGGAAGCCAAAUGAGGCUGGAAGUAAAAUUAGUGGUAAUAGUGGUACUAAUGGACAAAUACCUCCAGAUCGUCCCCGAGGGUUUACUAAAGUGGAAACAGGGGGAUCAGAAGGCAAAACACAGCUGCAUGCUAUCCUCGACUACGAUGACGAUGACUACUACGAAGAUGUACCGGGAUCAGAUUCCGGUCAACCGGCGGUAACUCCUCUACAGGGCCCUAUCUUAUUACGCAACGGCUCAGUACCCGUUGUGCCUUUAACAUCAUAUCCUACAGUCAACAACGGAUCUUUCUACCAAAUACCUAUCCUUUGGACUGCCCUGUCAUUAGCCUUGGGUUACGAGCUCCAAGGUCAAGUAAUCCGAGGAGUGCCAUGCGUGAAACGAAAUUUUCAACUCUAUUGUCCGACAGCCGGCAACACAUAUCCUAUAGACAAAAUCGAGACGUUCAUAGAUGAGAAUAAAGCUCUAAUCAAGAGAAUGUAUGGAUCGUUCACAAUACCAGGUGGUAACAGGGUGAGAAGGGCACCAGGUGUACCUGACAUGCAUGCAGGAGACUCGUACUUCCGACAUGUGCGGCAAACCAAGCCGCCACUUCCUGACGCUCAAUCUGUCAAUAAUACUGGAAGGAUAGACGCUUGCGAAAGUAAAACAGAAAUAAUGACGCCAUAUUGGGCGUUGAACUCUGCGAGGAAGCUACGGGCGAUUGUGAACACCAUGCACUUCGAACAGGCCAUACAUCAAGAAGUUUGCAGUAAACAAUCUACGUCGAGAUGUUCGGGUGACUGUGGUUGUGAACAGAAGUAUAAAUGGCAUCGACUGCUGGCCUAUGACCCAAAUGACGACUGCGCUGGCAUUUUCAUGGACUGGUUUUUAUUCCCCUCAUGCUGCGUGUGUCGAUGCAAGCCAUAGAUUCGAAAUAGUUAUUCCAUAUUAUUUUUAAUCACUGUCAAUUGAUCAAUAUCAUAUAAAUUAUAUCAAUUUUUUUUUUAUUCUUGAGCAAACUAUUUAUUUUUUAUUCAAAAUCUUAUUUAAUGAAAAUUUGUAACUGUUAAAUAAUUACAUAAUCUAAGACUUCGAUUAUAUAUGAUGGAAUAUUUCUUUCAUAGUUACUAUGUUACUGAGAGCUAUUAAAUAAAUAUUUAUAUUAAGAUUGAAAUAAUUUUGUAUAAUGUAACCAGCUAUGGUAAAACCGAACCUUCAUAACAUAAUAUACGAACUGCACCUUCUUUUGUUGGAAAUUAAAACUACCUUUGGUGAUUGAAAUAUUGUGUAUGUAGUUACUUAAUUUACAAAAUUAAAAGUCGUCAAUAUGCGUUUUAUGUUGAUUGUGGCAAAAAAAAUUUAAUUUAUUUUUCACUAUGCUUUUAUAUUUUUAUGUCACAAACAAAAACCUAUACACAUAGGUAAGAGCGUCUGACAUUUUUUGCACUGCCAUCAAUUUUUUUUAGUUAAAUGUAAAUCGUGAUGAUAUUGCUAAACUACGUCUAGCUGUAAAUAAUUUCCGUCCGUUAUUUGUAAUAUAUUCAUAUAUAGGAAUAGGAAGCUUUAUUAAAAAGUUGCAAAUACAAUCUUAAGAAUAUAUAAAACUAGUAAAGUUACAAACUUAUUAUUUUGUGCUGUAUUUAAACUUGCAAAGCUCCUAGAAUAUUUUUUCAUAAAAAUGAAACUAAAUUAGUAUAAAUACUUAAUACUACUCCGAGAUACCGAUUCUUCAAUAAUACGGUUCAAUGGUAAAUAAAAGUUGCACCUAUUUAGUAAGAUACCGUAAUAAUCAAGUUAAAUACUUUGUAGCUUGCUAUAAUUUACCUUUUCAUAAAUAUAAAAAACUAUUUCGA